AUGGGUGCAAAGGACUCCAAGUUGUCGGUGAUAUCCUUUGAGGAUGCUUGCCGUAGAGUGUCCGAGGCAGAUAUUGUACGAUUGCGUGAAGCCUUCCGGCGUGUGACAGCCGUUAGCUCUACCAUGUCCGAUGCUGUGUUCGUCAGAGAAGUCUUGUGGGAUGGAGUGCCUAUAAACAUAGCACAGCUGAUCUACCGGGGCUAUGGGGGCACCUCCAAGGGCCUCUCCUUUAAAGACCUUCUCUGUGGACUGGUGAUCCUCACCAAAGGGACUAAGGAGGAGAAAAUCAAAUUGAUAUUUGCCAUGUACUGUGACGAGACGUACAGCUAUGUCCAGAAGGAUGAGAUGGACAGACGGGUCUUGGAGUCAGAGGGUCAGGUCUCCCAGGCUCUCUGUUCGCUGUUCAGAGAGUCGGACCAGGUCUCCUAUGAACAGUUCUCCUAUUGGUUGAAGUCCCACCCAGAUGCAACAGUGAUCAGCAAGUGGCUUCUUACUGAGUCUUCCAGUCUGUCAUUGGGAGGAGAGCAUGACACCCCCACAUUUUACCAAACCCUUGCUGGAGUCACUCACUUGGAAGAGCGAGAGAUUCUCGAACUAGAGAAGCGGUACUGGUCACUGAAAUCAUUAUCUAAAACUGGACGUUAUGACCUGGAGCUGUUCAAAUCUCAAGUGUGCCCACCUCUGCCUGACAAGUUAUGUGAAUCUGUGUUUUUAGCCUUUGACGAGAACUGUGACAGCCACAUCGACUUCAAGGAGAUGGCAUGUGGUAUUUCAGCCUGCUGUCGGGGACCAACACUAGAGCGACAGAAGUUUUGUUUCAAAAUCUUCGACUUGGACCAUGAUUCUCGACUAAAUGAAAAAGAAGUCAGGUCAAUGCUGGAAGCUCUGAACAUAGUAAGGAAGGUCUACAACUCAGCAGCUGUCCUGCAGUCACAGGACUUGCCAGAGUUGGAUCCUGAAACUGUUGCCAAGGAGAUCCUCUCUUGUCAUGACGUCAACAAGGAAGGGUCGCUAACAAUAGAAGACUACCUUCUGUGGACGGUGAACAACCAGCUGACCUUAGACUUCCUGGAGCUGUUGGGUCAGAUCUGCCAUAUUGUUUUAGGACUUUCACCGCAGACGAAAGAGGAGGAGGGAAAAAUUAUUCAGCAUUGGCUGGAGAGAGAAAAUCAAAAACCGUUGGAAGUUGGUCAGAUAUGGUACCUGGUCUCUAUGCAGUGGUGGAACACAUGGCUGGAGUAUGUCAACCCUGAGGCAAGUGUCAGCAGGCAGCAGAAGGUCAAGGGCAAGCAGCAACCUUUAACCUGGGAGGAUGAUACGGUCAUUAUGGUUGGCACAUCUAGGGCAGGAGGUGAUAACGGCAGCCAACCAGCCAGAUCCACAGCAAACUCUCUGGUCCCUGGUGACUCCACGCCAACACAUCGUAGCUCCAGCCUGUCCCCGAAGUUGGGACGUAAAUCUGUGCCUAUGGGCGCUCUAUCCAAGCCGCCAGCCAUCAAUAACAAUCACUUAUUAGUCAACCCAACAAAGUAUGUUUCCAUGACAAACGAAGGAGGACGGCUGAGAAAAGAUGUUGUAUUGACUCGGGGGAAAGAUUUCGAAAUUGUCCCAGAAUGCAUCUGGAGGGCACUUACCACAUGGUACGGAGGCUCGCCAGCUUUACCAAGAACUGUGAUAAAUGUAUCAAGCUUCAGCCUGGAGCUCGAACUCUACCCCAUCUGCGUGAGGAUCUUCCGACACCAGACACCCAGCCAGCGGCCGCCCCCGGCCAACACCAUCAGUGGCAUGGUGGCAGGGAUUGGGGGCAUGGCCUGGAAUUUGGCUGCAAACCCCACACAACCCAGGCGUUACCAUGCCCACACUGCCUCGUUUAGCCGCAAGCACACCUUGUCCCAGAUUUAUGAGUUCCUAGGCCACAAGCUGAGACUCUACCGUGAGGACUUCCGCCUCUGGAAGAUCAACUCCAAGGAUGAUCAAAAUCUGACACUGCUGGAUGAUGAAGACCUCACAGUGGAGGAUUAUGGGAUAGAAGAUAUGCAGCAGAUCCUUCUAGAAGUGCGCAAUAAGGACCUUACCUGGCCAGAAGAGAUGUCCCAGCUGGCCAAAAACAAAAAUUUGAAGAAAGAUGAUGUACCCACCCAGAAAGGAGCCACUGGUCUGAACAAUCUCGGCAACACCUGUUUCAUGAAUGCCGCCCUGCAGUGUGUCUCCAAUACUUGGCCUUUGACCCAUUACUUUGCUGGCAACCUUCACCUCUUUGAACUCAACAGGAACAAUCCACUAGGCAUGAAGGGACAUAUAGCCCAGCGCUACGGGGAGCUUAUCAAGGAUUUGUGGGGUGGGACAUCUAAAACUGUGGCCCCACUCAAACUUAGGUGGACUAUAGGAAAAUAUGCACCAAGAUUCAACGGCUUCCAGCAGCAUGACUCUCAGGAACUGCUUAGUUUUCUUCUAGAUGGCCUCCACGAGGACCUCAACAGGGUACACAACAAACCAUACGUGGAACUGAAGGACAGUGAUGGCAGGCCAGACAGAGUGGUUGCCCGUGAGGCCUGGGAGAACCACUUGUUACGUAACCAGUCCAUCGUGGUGGACCUGUUCCAUGGCAUCCUCAAGUCCCAGGUCAAGUGCAAGGAGUGUGGCCACAUCAGCGUCCGGUUCGACCCUUACUCCCACCUGUCUCUGCCUUUGCCCAUGGACAGCUGUAUUCAUCUGGAGGUCAUAGUACAAAAACUAGAUGGUUCCAUGCCAGUUAAGUAUGGGUUGAGACUAAACAUGGAUGAAAAAUACAGAACCUUAAAGAGAGAAGUUGCCAAAUUGGCCAACAUUCCAUUUGAAGAGUUGCUCAUUGUAGAAGUGAAUGGGCCUAUAGUGAAGUCCCUGCCAAGAGAUGACCAGAAGAUCAGAAGUUUGCUCAUCCCUGGCUCAUUGUUUCUCUACCAACUGCCGCCUCCACCUCUGAUUCAACCAAUGACAGAUGAGGACGAGAACGGCUCCGCAUCGCUUAACUCACAGCCCAACACUGGUAGCAGAGAGAGCCUGGAUUUACCAGACAUUCAGCGAGCACUUGUUAAAG